AUGACAGGUGUUGCGGCGAUCCCCGAAUCCUUUCAUGGAUCGUUUUAUGAUGCAACGGGCAACAUUUGCGAGAAUGCAAGUAAUAUCACCACCGGUAGCGAUGAAGGAUCCGCCAACAAGAAGGAAGAGAAGUGGAUAUGGGUUUUAGACCCGUUAACACGUAAGCUGCGGGUGCCUUUGCAUUUGCUGGCUCCUACCGAAGCUACUGCCACGACUGGGACGGUACCAUCGCUCUGCAUCGCCUACCUUGAGGGACGUUGCCGUCAUCCUUGGUGCCGCCAGGCUCACGUGCACCCGUCCGCGAUCCGGCAGCUCCGUUUUGAGGCUCUCAAUGCACCAACAUGCUGCCACUUUCACAAUGAUCCUCACGAUAUUUCAAGGCUAACCAGCCGCUUUAAAUACGUUCGAAUUCUGAAUAGCGGCUCGGGCGGUAAUAGUGAGCCCAUUUCCUCUGAGCGAGUCGCUUCGACGGUCGGGUUACUACGUUAUCUUGUUCACAACGCACCCCCUAGCACGUCAAACGAUAAAGACGAGACGUCAGAAUCCGACGAGAAGGGUGCUAUUUUGAGUAUACCAGCAAAAUCGGUUUGCCGUCUCCACCUCGCGCACCGUUGCCGCUACUUGGAGGAUUGCAAUAAUAUUCACAUCUGCCGUGAAUCGGAAGUUCAUCUGCAGCUCUCUCCCCAUGUUUUUACGACACUCAGCCGAAUUAACAGUACUACCCGGACUGUUGUGCUUACGGAAACUUGCUACUCAGUUAGCAUGCUGGCGGCGGGGGAAGUAAGUGAUACGGAGUUUGAUGCGCUUUGUGAUGCUCAAAAGAGUGAACAAAGCUCUUUUUGCCAUCCACCAUCGUGGAAUUUAACAGAGCCGGGUUCGAUGGUUCCAGAAAAAGGUACUUCCAGUACCUAUAUUUCCAAAAGCCCCUUAAACUACCCGGCUUCCACCACGCUUUCUCCGUCAUCAGAAUGCUGGCAAAAUUUUUCGUUCGUCUCUGGUAUGUUGCCGGCUAGUUGCCUAUGCUCUGCCAACUCCGGCGCCCAUGCUGUCACUACUCCUUAUACCUUCAACAGUUCUCACCUUCGCGUCUACGACGUCCGUCCUAAGAACACUUUGGCUAAAAAUAUCAAUGAUAACGAUACAGCCACGUCUACCCUGAACGGCCAGCAUGACGAAAAUCACAUCACCGAAGAUUCGACCCCUGAUACUUCGUUUGUCAAGCAUCAAGAAAACUCCACACCUCGGGACAAUAACGUUUCAAAUGGAUCAGCUACGAAGAUGAACUGCGUCACACUCCCGAAAUGCGGCAGCAGCACUGAUGAUGGGGUUAGCACUUCGUCAAGUACGAUUCGCACGCCUAUAAAGGACGAUGUGAAUAUGGAUUUUCUUGUAUCAAGUAUUUUAGCUGGCAUGCAAAUAAAGUAG